CCACGUUCAACAUGAUGAUGGCCGGGUCAAGGGCGAGGUACAGGAUGGAAGAGCUCCUUCGGUCUAGCAACAUGAUCAAGGUUCCACGAUGGCUGACCAUGAGAGCAAGAGAGAGACUUGCGGUCAGUUCUGAGACGUCGAGAUGCCGUCUGGGAGGUGCACGCGGCUUCAUGACAGAGGGAGGGAUGAAGGGGCACACGGAUGAGAAAGAGGAUCCGAUGGUCAGGAAUGCUUGGAUUGCAACCCUAACAUGUACGAGCGCCAUGUUCGGAGGAGGCAUUGCGUUGGGAUACAACACGCUGCUUCCUGCAUGGGCGACGUUUCACGCGGGAGGAGUUGUUGCAUGCUCGUUGAAGAAGCAGCCUUUCGAGAUCGCCAUGCACGCUCUGAUUUUCUCUGGAGUGAUGCUGUACUGGACCGGUUAUUGGGGAGGUGAAACAUCACAGCAAAGGGCUAUUGGAAAGAAUGGGGAAGAGGAUGAUAGAUGAAGACGAAGCGAAUGUGAGAAGUGAUGAAAGAAGUCUCGGCAGUCUAAUCCUAGUAGUAAGGCGAAUCCUGAUCAUAUGGAAGUUCAGCCGAUUAUGAACAAACGUGUCACG